AUGCUGCGCUUCAAGGGCAGUCAGCAGUUUCGGCAGCGGCUGGUGUUCGCGACGCUGUCUGGGCGGCCGAUUCGUAUUGAUGACAUCCGCACGCGCGACAGCAGCCCGGGGCUGCGAGAUUACGAGGCUUCGCUGCUGCGCCUGCUAGAGAAAUGCACCAACGGCUGCGUCGUCGAGAUCAAUGAGACGG